GUUCACCUUCUACUGAGCAUGCUCAGAUCCACACACACUGGGUGAUCGUGUGUGACUGUAAAUGUGUAACUUAUGUGUUUGUGGUCAGAGUUUAGUUCCUCAGGAGCUUCGUACAGAAUGAGUUCAGCUGGAGGAGGGUCAGCCCUGCAGGUCCAUGCGGUCAGGUUCGGUCCAGGUCAGGAGCUGCUGGGAUCUCUGCAGGCGUUUGUGGAGGAGAGGCGACUGAGAGCGCCGUUUAUCAUCACCUGCGUGGGAAGCGUUACCAAGGCAACGCUCCGGCUGGCAAACGCCACAGCGACAAACACAAAUGAGGUGAUCCACCUCAGCGGCCGCUUUGAGAUCGUCUCCCUGGUCGGCACACUGAACACGGAUCCCCACCUCCACAUCUGCCUGUCGGACAUCGAGGGCAGGACGGUCGGUGGUCACGUGCUGGGGGAUCUGGAGGUGUUCACCACAGCCGAGGUGGUCAUCGGCGAGGCGGUCGACCUGCAUUUCACCAGAGAGAUGGACGAACACACGGGUUUCCCUGAGCUUUUGGUUCAAAGGCGCCCACAGACGGACAAAUCAGCCUGACUUCAUGACUACACCUGCCUCAUGGGGGUUUGUUGUGAUGGUGUGUUGAUGCCCUCUGAUGUUUGAUCUCAGUCAAACGACAGGUGAAGGAACAAAAAUAGAUUGUGUGUAAAAGGCAGAGUAUCUCAAGUCGUAUGUGUCGCUUCAGUAACUAGCAAGCUCAUUACUGAUGAAGCCACGUGGCAAAUGUAACUUUGCUGACACCGAAAAACAGACAAUAUACAAAUGUUAUCACAGGACUGUGGCUUUGACGUGUGAUUUAAUUCUCCCACUUCCUUUCUUAACACCUGCUGGAUUAAAGCUUCUGUAACAUG